AUGGCCGCUACUCGUAUGCAGCGGCUAUCGGUCUGGUUUUAUUCACGCCUGAAACCACCAAUCUAUAGCGGUAUAGACACCCACGAUGAAACGGACUCUGGAAGUGAAGACACUUUGCUCGAUAAAACCUCAACGUACCCCGCAGGUGGUCACGUUCGCCGGUUUCCGUGGCUCUGGGUCCACUGUAUUUGUCUCGCCUUCUACUGCGCAUUAUUUCUGACAAUCACGGUCUCUUCCCAAGAGUAUCAUCAAUGCGCGGAUGAUCAAUCCAUGGUAUGGUCCCCAGCUCGUGAGGCGUUGCAGCCCGAAAAGGUCUUCUUCUGGAACGAGGUUGGGACAGAUGAGAAUGUAUACAAAGGCCCUCCGUCGCCAGAGUUGGAUGCCGCAUGGAACCAGCUGGUUGCAUAUAGCAAUCUGAGAAUCAAGGCCGAGGAUCUCAAGAAAAUCGACCGGACGUCUGUACGUUUAUCGGAUGCGUCUGGUCAUCUCACAGAAUACUAUUGGAGUGGACUGAACGUACAUCACCAAAUUCACUGUCUCAAACUAUUGAGGCAGGCUUUGUAUCCCGAUUACUAUUUCAAGGGCAAUGUCAAACUUCAGAGGCACCUGGAAGACCACCUUGAUCACUGCAUCGACAAUAUCCGAUUAACCUUAAUGUGCAAGGCCGACAUUUCGCUCGGUUCCUACGACUGGGUAGAUAACAAUCGGAGGCCAUUGACAAAUUUCCGAUCGGAACACAGCUGUUACAAUUGGGACAAAGUGAACAACUGGGCGCGAGACCGCCAUUUCGAUAUAUAUGACAAUGUCACAUUGGUUCAUCCUUUCCUUGGCAAAUCAUAUCCACUCGACGCAGAAGGUAACUAUGUUUAUACCGCCGACGAGGACCCAUUCUUGGGGAACAAGAUUACACCGCCACUCGAAUAG